GUUCGUUAGAAAAUAUGGUUUGGAUAUUCAUUCUUGUAUUAGCAAAUAUUUCAAAGAAAUCUAAGUCAUCUUGUGGAAGUCGAGAUGGGAUUGCUUGUUGCACAGGAUUCAUGUGGAACAAUAAUACAAAGGAAUGCGAAAAAUGUCCAGUCGGUCACUUUGGCAUAAAAUGUUCUCGUACCUGCAAAUAUCCGAGCUUUGGGGACGGUUGUCAGCAGUCGUGUGCUUGUCGGGAAGAGUACUGUAGUCCACAAAAUGGAUGCACCAAAUUUGAAGACCUUAAAUCAGAACACCAUUUGACUACUGAAUAUAUAUACGUUACACGCGAUUCGACUUCCUAUGGAGAAAGCAAAAAACCAUCAUCAGAGGCAAAUCUAUCCCAUAUUCCUGACAAUAACAACAUUAUCUUCUUCGGAGUAUUUGCAUUGAGUAGCGUCGUUGUUGUUUUGUUCGGAAUUUUUGUUGCAGCAUAUUUCUAUAAACAGUGUACCCUUCGAAAGCUAUUAGCAAGGCAAGCUACGUCGCCAAAUAUUCCACCGCUUACAUACAAAGCACUUAACAGCGAUUUUGAACGUAUAUUUGUGAGCCCUGAAAUUCGGGAGAAUAUCGAAACCGAUCAUGGAUAUCUCCAUCCACUAUCAGAAAGCGAUACGCAGUAUCACGAAAUUGACUCCACAAGCGUUGAAUUCAACACACCUACUUGGAUAGACCCCGAAGACGAAAGACAAAAGAAUGACAAUACAUAUCUCAAACCUGUAAUGCCGCAUGAGUAUGUUGACAUUGUAGGAGAAAACAAAGUGGAGCAAUCCUAAAUGCAAACCGAACAACCCUUAUCUCCUAAGUGGUACAUUUUGUCCAAUUGGAUCGUUCAAUCAAUGUUUAUUCUAUAUCACAAACAGUAUGACUGUCACUAUAUUUCCUUUAUCUGUAAGACAAUUGUACAGGUAAAAAUAUCCUCCGAUCCUAAUCAAUCACAUGGAUAUGUACAUAUAUGUCCGUAACCAUGAUUAUCCCUAAAUAUUAAAUAAAUCUUUGUUUAUUUACAAUAAGGCUUUCAAACUAAUUCAUUGAAAAACAAAACAAUCUAUGCAUGUAGACGUUUAAUCCAGAUGUGUAAUUUUGACCAUGCCGACCAGGUACGAAUAAUAUAUACCUAAAAGGCAAAUUUCAAA